UGCCCAAACCCCAAAUUGAGGAAGCACUAGGGUUUUUGUUCAUGCUUAAAGUGUCCACUUUUCAUUCCCUGCAAAAUCCUUAAACCGUUCUUCUUUCUUUUGCCUCAUUAUCCCCGCAAUUAGGCGUUCGUUCAUUCCUCCAUUAUGUCAGAGGAAACAGUAUCAAUGGCGGUUGAGAAUGAAGAAAAGAAGCAGAAUGGAAAUUCCUUUGAUCUGAAUGACUUCACCAUCAUCAAAGAAGGAGAUGCUGAGAUUCUUAUGCAUGCCAAAAAUGAAGUCUUUUACAACAAUUCCCAGGUGAAUAACAGAGAUAUGUCUAUAGCUGUUUUGAGGACCUUUAUAUCACAGCGAAAGCAAGAGCAUGAAGCAAUGUUGGCUAGACGAACCAAGGCUGGAAAUAAGGUACCUGAUGCUAAAGCGGAAAACCCAGGUGAUUCAGUGCAGUGUAAUGGUGAAUCCAAUGAUGGAUCUGAAGUCUUGAAAGAUGCAUCCCAUGGUGAGUCAUGUAGCAUUCCGGAGGAACAGACUAAAAAUCUACGGGGAAAAGGCCGAGAAGAACUAAAGCCUCCACGAGUUCUCGAGGCUCUCUCAGCUUCUGGAUUGAGGGCUUUAAGGUAUGCUCGUGAAGUAGAAGGAAUUAGCCAGGUUGUGGCCCUUGACAAUGAUAAAGCCUCUGUGGAAGCUUGCAGGAGAAACAUAAAAUUUAAUGGUUCAGUGGCAUGCUCUAAGGUGGAGUCUCACCUUGCUGAUGCGAGGGUUUAUAUGCUUACCCACCCAAACGAAUUUGAUGUGGUUGAUCUCGAUCCUUAUGGAGCACCUUCUGUGUUCUUGGACUCAGCAGUUCAAUCUGUUGCUGAUGGAGGGAUGUUGAUGUGUACCGCAACUGAUAUGGCAGUGUUAUGUGCAGCAAAUGGAGAAGUUUGCUAUUCCAAAUAUGGCUCUUAUCCUUUGAGAGGAAAAUAUUGCCAUGAAAUGGCUUUGCGGAUCCUUCUUGCGUGUAUUGAGAGCCAUGCAAAUCGUUAUAAAAGAUAUAUAGUUCCGGUAUUAUCUGUUCAGAUGGAUUUCUAUGUUCGCGUUUUUGUUCGUAUAUACACUUCUGCAAGUGAUGUGAAAAAUACUCCUUUGAAGCUCUCAUAUGUCUAUCAAUGCACUGGCUGUGACUCAUUUCAUCUUCAGACAGUUGGGAGGACUAUCUCAAAGAAUAACAGUGUCAGAUACCUCCCUGGAUUUGGCCCUGCGAUUCCUCAAGAGUGUAGUGAUUGUGGUAAGAAAUUCAACAUGGGUGGACCCAUUUGGUCUGCCCCCAUUCAUGAUCAAGAAUGGGUAGCUGCGAUGCUUGCAAAUGUGAAAUCAAUGAAGGAACGUUAUCCUGCUUAUGAGCGGAUCUCUGCUGUGUUGACAACUGUAUCAGAGGAACUACCUGAUAUUCCUCUGUUUCUUAGUUUGCACAAUCUCUGUGCAACACUGAAAUGCACUUCUCCCUCAGCAGUAAUAUUUCGCUCGGCCGUGAUCAACGCAGGAUAUCGCAUAUCAGGGACUCAUGUGAAUCCUUUGGGGUUGAAAACAGAUGCUCCUAUGCAUGUCAUUUGGGAUAUCAUGCGUUGCUGGGUCAAAAAUCAUCCCGUGAAAGCUCAACCAUCUGACCAGUCUGGAAGUGUGAUUCUUGCUAAGGAGCCAGUUCUGCAGGCUAAUUUUUCUCGGGCUGUAGCAUCCCUUAGCCAGGCACAAGCCAAGAAGGUCGCUCGUUUCCUCCCUAAUCCAGAAAGGAAUUGGGGUCCAAAACUAAGGGCAGGUCGACAGAUCACCAGCAAGCACGUGUCUCUUUUGGGUCCUAAAGCAUUGAAUGCAAUUAACAACCAUGAGAAUGGCGAGGGUAGUAACCAUGAGAAUGGUGAGGGUAGCAACCAUGAGAAUGGUGAGGGUAGCAAUCAUGAGAAUGGUGAGGGUAGAAACCAUGAGGAUGUCGAGGAGCCUGUUGCCAAGCGUAAGAAGACCGAAGAAUCUGAUUCAUAACUUAUAUAUAUUGGCCAAAUGUCUGCAGUAUUUACUCCAUCAUAAUCUAUCUCUUCUGCUGCAUUUUCUUGCAGAUUGAGAUCCAUCCUCUCUCUGAUAUUGUGAAAAUGCCUAUCGAUAAUGGGGAGGAUUUUAUCCUUCUUUAUCUGUCAGUCCGUUUUAAUUUUUAAAGGCUGUAGGGCUAUUUAUUUUUAUUUUGUUUGUCCCUUUUUGCCUUUAUUUCAAUCUUAGUUAAAGUUUGUGUUGUCUAUUUGA